AGAGACAGUCAAUACGUUCAAGAAUCCUAUUUGUCUCAUAGAGCAGAAGUCGGUCUUGGCCUUACAGACUCGUCCUUGAAGUUGAGUGAUGUGGGCGGACUUGAUCGUUGCAAAAAGUUAUUGAACGAAGCUGCCAUACUGCCUAUUGAGUUUCCUCAUUUUUUUACUGGGAAUCGAAAACCAUGGAAGGCUAUAUUACUAUAUGGUCCACCUGGGACAGGGAAGACCCUCGUGGCAAAUGCGAUUGCAACAGACGCAGGCUCAGCUUUCUUUAGUGUUUCGGCAUCGAACAUUGUAUCCAAAUGGAUGGGAGAAGGUGAAAAGCAGGUCUCAAAUCUUUUCCAAUCUGCUCGUGAUGAAGCUCCAUCCAUUAUUUUUAUUGAUGAAAUUGAUUCCUUAUGUGGCCCGCGAGGUAAGGACAAUGAGAAUGAAGCCUCUCGACGAAUCAAAACAGAAUUUCUUGUACAAAUGCAGGCUGUAUCCAACGAUGCGAGAAAUGUUCUGGUUCUUGCAGCCACAAAUACUCCUAAAGAUUUGGAUGUGGCCAUGAGGAGGCGUUUUGAUAAGCGAAUCUAUAUCCCUCUCCCAACUGAGGACGCAAGGGAACAAAUAUUUAGGUGGCAUAUUGGGGAAACUAACCUUAAAAAAGAGGAUUUUCAGUAUUUAGUAAGCAAAACAGAUGGUUUCUCUGGUUCAGAUAUAUCCAUUUGCGUUAAAGAUGCACUAUAUCAGCCUGUUCGUGCAACUCUUGAUGCUAAAUUCUUCAGAAAAAAUUCUCAAGGCAUGUGGGUCCCUUGCAAAGGUACUCACCCAAAAGCUGAGAAGUAUACCUUAGAGGAACUUAAAGCAAAAGUCGAAGCUUCAAAGAUCCAGUUACCACCCAUCGAAAAAGCAGAUUUUGAUUAUGUGCUUGCUUCACAAAAGCCAACUGUAAGGAAGGCUGACCUUGAAGUGUAUGAGAAAUUCACCAAGAAGUAUGGGAUUUACGGUUAAGGGCGAAAGAUGUAGAGGCACAUAUUAUUAUUUCUAUGGUUUCUUCCUAUUGUGUUUCUAAUUAUGGUUUUUUUUUUUUGGGGGGGAUAAAAGUAUUUGUCAUCCAUUUGCUAGUGUUUUGUGAAAGUAUCUGGGCUAGACAUUUGUCAGUAUGGUUAUUAGAAGCUUUCUAUCCCUUUUCCUUUUUGUCCAACUUUUUAUUU